GUUCAGACUGCUCACAUGACUAUAUCUCUUAGUGUUUAACAAGAGGACUAGGUACUACAUUCAGCACAUAUAGGAGUAUGUUUAUAAGGAAUCAUGGAAGUCAACUAUCCCAUCAAUGAACUCAAAGAUACUGUUGGGCAUGAAGUUGUGGCUACUCUCGACCUAAAAGAAACAAAAACUAAAACGUCAGCAACAACUCAUAUUGUUGAUGGACUUAUAUCGAAAUCGCUAAAUAAAAAAGUAACUCUUUUAGAAGUAUGCGGACACAGGAACUAUAAAGGCAAGUCAAGACUAUCGCUUUUCUUUCUUGCUAAUCUUGCAUUUACGAUAUCUCUCUGUGGAUCGGAUGCAGCUCUUAGCUCUGUUGCCCUCUCCAAUCAGCUCCUCUGUGCUGGGAUUGCAUCACUCCAGGAGGUACAGGUGUUUGAGCUGGCGUCUCAACUGGAGAGAAGAGCUGGCAGUGUUCCCAUUAAAUUUCAUCAUCCAAUACUUCAGGAUUACUUGUCUGGCCUCCAUUUGAUAUUAGAGCCAGUAAUGUCAGUAAUGAAGUUCGUCUUGCGUCAGAUCCUCUCGCUAGAUAGAGACAAGUGGAGGAUAUUAGAGUUUUUCUUUGGAUUAUCAAUGACUGAUAUAUCUCCGGUAGCGAGAGAUUGUCGUUUUCACAUUCUUGGCUUAAUCAGCGAAGCCUUCAAUGCUAAUCAACCUUAUGUUAAUAAUGAAUUGGUAUUGCUAAUGAAGCGAUGUAUAUACGAGACUCAAGAUGAUAGCUUAUGCAUCCAGGUCCAUUAUGAGCUGCUACGCUCACACAUAUACUGCUAUAGUCUUGCUGAAAUAAAUGAGAACAUUCCAUAUAUUGCUAAUUAUCUUCUAGCACAAGAAGGUGCAGUCUGGAAUAUUUAUUGCCGCGACCAAAGACACAUUAAGGACUUCUUGGAGUCUCUAGAAAAAUUGCAAAAAAUUAAAAAGAAAAAGUCAAAAUGUUACGACGUUAAAGAAAUCGAGACUCUUGGUUUAAAUUUUGAUGAUCAAAACACUGUUGUUAUAUCGCUGAGAAAUAUGGAAUAUACCAUAACGACUCUCAAAGAUCUCCUUGAGUCUUCUGAACUGUCUCGUCGUAAUAUCCGUUCAGUACAAUUGGAAGGACCCCGAUCGUCAGAACCAUCAAUGGCUGUUGCUUCCAGUUCUAUAACAGUAAAGGCAACAGGACUGGCAUCACAGAAACCAGCAGAAGUGCUAGCUCUCUCUUUAUCGCCGUAUGGGUAUUUCUCUUACGAACAAUACGAGAGGAGGAAGAAAAAGAUGGUCCUUAUUUAUUAUAACAUGAUUAAGGAUCUUGUCAUACCUCACAUGCAAGUGUAUUGCACUGUUCUCAUCAACGCUCAGUACAGGAAGGAUGAUCACAUAUUAUUUAAGUUCACUCGGAACAUGCGUUAUGAUUUCUAUGAAGCUGUCACCAUUAAUCCCAUCGUCCCUAUGCACUGGAUAAAGGUCAAACAGCCAAAUGGCUCCAAAGAACUUGAAGAUAGAUUCAAGUCUAUUUCCAUGCAGCGAUAUCAGUCUCCUACAGCUGCCAGUUCUUCAGAUGACACUGCUGAGCUUGUUAUUCUUAAUUCUUCACUGUUUGUUAGAUUUAUGGUCAUACCCCCAACUGGGGAAGACCCUGUAAUAAUUAAUGUCUUUGCUAAUUCUGAUGAUUACUCUGAGUAUGGCUAUAUUGGUUGUGACUAUGACCUUGAUGAGAAUCAGAUGAAUCAAGAGACAAGAUGGAAGGGAAUGAAAAAAUUUGAUAAUAACCAAGCUAAUGUACUGGUACCAGUGGAACUACCACUACCAUCCAAUAAAGAUGAAACAGAUCCGAGCGAAAUGACUACUAGUACUUCAGAAGCAAAAUUUACUGCUAAGAAGCUUCCUUCAGGUGGUGGACCAGCUGCCCCUACAGUAAAGGACUCCCCUGCAGCACCUAAGCAGCACAUACCUGAGCAACAGAUCAAGAGACAUGCUCUUGAGGGAUUUGAUAUACCAGGAUACUGCUUUUAUGGUGAUGGCUUGACGUUUAUAGUUGGCAAAACCUACACUAUACCAACAAAUCUCCCACGUACACGUGUGCUGAGAGAAGGAGGCAAUGGCAUUAUACUGGAGGUCAACUUUGAAGGGACUACUUAUGCAGUGAAGCAGACUGCCUUCCGCUGGAGGGAAGUAUUGAUAAUGCCUAAACUUCAUCAUCCUAAUGUCCUACAGUGUCUGGCAUUAUUGAUGGGACAGCCUUUAGUGUCUUUUCCUAGGAGAAGGAAUAUAUUUCAUUUUUAUCCAAGAAUGACAAAUGAUCUUGGUCGUAAUGUUGGUUCCUAUGAGAGAUACUGUCUUAGAAGCUUAAGAGAAAGAUACAAGAAUGAAAUGCUCCUCUUGAAUAAGAUUGAUAAUAAUUUCAAGCUUUUGUUUCGCUCUGUCCUUGAAGCUCUCAAUUACCUCCAUACAUUGCCUAAUCCUAUUGUCCAUCGUGAUAUCAAACCUUCAAAUAUUCUAUUAAAAACGUUGUGUGCUUGCCCUAAUAUAUUGACAUGUGUCUGUAGAAACACACCACAAAUAGUAUUGUCUGAUUUUGAUGCAUCUCUUGAACUUAAUACUGAUGGCACCCUCCUUCCUGAUCCUCCCAGAACUACUUCGAAAGAUUUCUACGUGACAACAGAUCGAACGUAUCACAUGUCACCAGUUGGUACUAUUGGAUUCAAGGCCCCUGAAGUGUUCAUGUAUACUAUUUCCAAUAGCACUGAUUUGAUGGAACAGAUGCCAAUUAAAGCUGAUAUAUUUAGUUUUGGAUUGUUUUCACUACUGGUGCUACUUAAUGAAGAAGGUCCCAAGUAUUUAAAUCAGGUUGGUACACUGUUGCUCUCAGUCCAUCAAUCAAGUAACAUGUUUAAGCCCUUGGACCAAGCUAAGAGAGCUAUGCUACUGAAAAAUGGUAUAACAGAGUUUAGAGUUAGUGAGCCUUGUGUUCAAGCUGCUGAUAUCAAUAGGAUUCUACCAUUUGGAAGACUUAAGAAGAGUUUGUCUGAAGUUCCUCAUUUGAUUGAUUUUGUUGAAAAGUGUCUUGUACUGGUCCCAGCUAAUAGAGUCAUUGCAAAAGACCUUCUGAAUCAUCCAUACCUUAGAUAGCACAUCAUUAGUUCCUUUUAUAAGAAAUUAAAAUUUAAUCUA